AAAUUUGCUGUUCUUUUUAAAAGAAGCAUUGUCAUUUCAGGUUAGGGUUACCCAGUGCGGCCGCUUCAAACUUCCCGGUGUGAAUCAAACCCUCAUCAACCAGCCAUGGCGGAGCAAACUGAGAAGGCUUAUUUGAAGCAACCCAAAGUGUUUCUAUGCUCGAAGGUAUCUGGGAAGGGGAAGAGGCCUGGUAAGGGUGGGAAUCGGUUCUGGAAAUCUGUUGGACUUGGAUUUAAGACUCCCAGGGAUGCCAUUGAAGGAACUUAUAUUGACAAGAAGUGCCCAUUCACUGGCAAUGUUUCAAUCCGUGGUCGUAUCAUAGCUGGUACCUGUCAUAGUGCCAAGAUGAAUAGGACCAUCAUUGUUAGGAGAAAUUAUCUUCAUUUCAUCAAGAAGUAUCAGAGAUACGAGAAGCGUCAUUCUAAUAUCCCUGCACACGUUUCACCUUGUUUCCGAGUGAAGGAAGGAGAUCAUGUUAUUAUUGGCCAAUGCAGGCCACUUUCAAAAACAGUCAGGUUCAAUGUAUUGAAAGUUAUCCCAGCUGGAUCUUCUAAUCUUGCAAAGAAGGCUUUUACAGGAAUAUGAGUUUGAAAUUAUCAGUGAGGAUUGAUGUCAAUUGUACCUUAGUUUUAAGUAUUUUAAGGUCAUGACAUUGUUAUGAUCCUAUCAAAAUUUGGAUAUGUUUAAUUGUUUUGCAUUGAUUUGAGUAGCUAAUGUUAAAGAUUUUUGAAAUACA